AUGCCGCGGUCAUUCCUAGUCAGAGCAAGGCAAACUAACUCUCCUUCCUUGGAGAAAUGUCCAGAUUCAAAUCAGCCAAAACUUCCAGGUGAGCGAGUCGAGUUUUUCACGCGGCCAGCAUAAAAUUGGCCCUUUUUGUCCAAUUUGGCUUUUUUUUAAUCCUGAAAUGAUCAAAGAGAAGAGAAAAUAUGACUUGAACAUAAUUGAUUGUUCGCAAGAGGCUGCGAUGUUUAAAGACCAGCCUCGAGAUAUUAAAUUGAGCGGGAUGAAUCGAGUUGCAUAAACUUCCACCACUAGGAAAGAGGAGUUGCAAAUCACGUAGGAAGAACUCUCAACUCCUAGGAUUACUCUUCCAAGCGAGAUUAGGAUCCUCACAAAAAACGAUCUCUCGUUGGAGAGCUCUGACCGCCAACUGUUUUAAAUAGAACUGUACAAAGCAUUGCAGUGUUCGAGUUCUUUUAACAGUCUUACUUGCUGGUUUACGCCUUUAGCGAGGGUCGAUGUUUCCAAGUCACGAAAAGUUGUUUAAGAUAUCUUUAAUCCGCAAAUCUUAUUACCCACGAGUUUCGAAAAGAGACUUACGCAAUCAAAUAAAAACUGCAACGCGCUGUUUUUGGAAGAGAUAAUGUUUGCUUACUCUUUGAAUAUUGGUAAAAAUGAGACCAUUUAUGUGCGUUAAAUACAGCCAUUAUUUUCUUAGCGCGCUAAUCUGUUCGCCCAUCCAUUUAAUUCGCUUAUCCAGUGAAAUGACUUUCAAAAUCUACGAAAAUAAACACGCCUUAUCAAGGACUACUCGUUAUUGCAAAGAACUCUGCGCAUUUUUAGUCACCAAGGUAGUUUUUGUAGGUUCUGAACAGAUUGUGCGGAGGGAAUCUUUUCACGAAUCUUUUACAUGUUGUCUAUAAGUGACUAAUUUUCAACCGAUUUUGACGACCUUGACCGCCAAACCCGCAGGGUUAAAACCGGUCGAGGUAAAAGAUUUUGCAGCAAGGACUGAAAGAUUAAUGAUGGCAAUGUAAACCUGUUUGAAUAUUAGCGUAUGGAACAUUAGUGCGAGAAAUUCGGAAAAGUGCAAAUAAUACAAGAUUUAGCGAUCUGUGGAGAGAUUUCCUUAAUAAAGCCAACCUUGGCUAAUUCGAGGCUCAAUCCCUGAGCGAACCUCUUUAUCAUUCUCGUAUUCUUUUUUUUUUUUUUUUUCGGAAAUAUGAAUUUUACUCCGACGCUUGAAAGCCAAAAACACAUUUUUCAUCAGUGUACCUUUGAUCUGGAAAAAAAAACUCUUGGGCGUACGUGAGAACAUUUGAUGCAAUAUAAAAGUGUCUUUCAAAUGCGCCAUAUCUGCGGUUACUUGGUAGCCCAUUACCCCAACAGCUAUGUGCGAAGAGUUUGGUGUUGCUUUCAUGAGAAUUGAUACCACUUUACAAAAUUCUUCUUUAAUGAAAAAUACCCAUCUAUUCAAAAAGCUCAUAGCUUUUAUUAUAAUAAUCAUAUCAAAUCACUUUUUCUUACAGAAGUUAAAACGGAGAAGGGACCUUCCGUUGAAGACAAAGCAUUCGAAACAGGAUCCAGUGUCACUUCUUCUGCUAAAAAUUCAUCUUUAAACCUCGCUCAGGAAACUUAUACCCCACGCAUCCCUUUGCCGACGCUUCCCCGACGACAUGGUGUAGAAUACUUUGAUUCAAAGUUCCCGUUUGCUCUUCCAAGAGCGCUUCCGUUUCCUCCCGCUCCACCGUCACCUUUGGUUUUGAGGCCUGUGCCGCGCUAUGGUGGACUAUCAUUUCCUUACAGCUGCCCAAGUCUCACCGUCAGCCCAGACCCGUUUGCUUAUCGUCAUUUCGCUCAACAGUCGCCCUUCCUUCAAAGAGGCUUCACUGGUCAAGAGUCCUUCUUUGCUCCGGCAAGAGUAACAGAGUGCCGCGAUCCUAUUUCGAAUUUAGGCGAAUUUUUUGGGCGUCAAGAAAGUGUGGACAGCGAGGAUCUCACCUCAGGAGAGCCAACCUCCUUGAAAACGAAGGUAUAUAAAUGCCAAGAAUGUGGGAAAGAAUUUAAGAGGCCGUCAAGUCUCUCAACACACAAACUUAUUCAUUCCGAUCACAAGCCUUAUUCGUGCAGUUACUGCGGAAAAAAUUUCCUCCGCAAAUCCGACAUGAAAAAGCACACGUUGAUGCACACUGGGGUGAAACCAUUUCAGUGUAAGCAGUGCGGGAAGGUUUUCAGUCAAUCCUCUAACAUGCUUACUCACAUGAGGCGGCAUACCGGAAUUAAACCCUUCCCCUGUAAAAUUUGCGGCAGAAGGUUCUACAGGAAAGUUGAUGUUCGUCGGCACACUAUGAGGCACGAGUAUAGAUCAAGUUUGGAAGACGGAAACACUAAGUGAACUCCUUCAAGCAGCCAUAGGAAACUCCUAGAAAAUACAUCGAGUUGUUUAGAAACUAGGGAUUGUCUGCAUAUAAACAAUUUGCUAGCCACAAACUUUACGAACGAAAAGCCAUAAAAUCAAACUUGAUUUCAAAUAUGCUCUUCUAAAUAUGUAUUUUAGACCAUCUUCGUAUUGUAUUGUAAAGAGAAAAAAACCCUUGAGAAACUUAUCACCUUUAUAGAAAAUAGAACACUUAUUCCGAACCUUAUUUUUAAGAAGCCUCAAUAGUUUUAGCAAGAAACUAAGAACAAUUAAAAAAAUCAAACUUAUUUGGGUAUACUGUAUUCAACUUCUCCCAGACGGGUGUUUCGUUUUCCACACAGUACCUAGCGUCACUGUCAUCCAUCUUUAUAAGCGAAACGAAACGAAAUAUUUCAGUCCCUUUUUAUUUCUAUUUAUCUUACAAUGAGUAAACAGGAACUUUAGGGAGAACUUCCAAGCCUCUAACUGCGCCUAAAGAGUCUUGAUCGUACGUAAUGGUGAGGUCAAAGCAAAAUAAUAUACCAUAAAAAUUUAUUAUGCCUUGAUUUUUUUUCUAAGCAGUAGUAACAAUUAAUUUGAAUUGAAACUAUUCUUUUGAGCAUAACUAGCAGGUAACACGUUGACUAAAUGUAAAUUUCGCCAGAAAUAAGAAUUAAGAUCAGUUAUUGAUAUUUUCUGAACAAAACCGCCGACGACAACAUUUUAUAAUGGCUUGAAAAGAUAUUAUCUUUGUUUGAAGCGGGCAGUAACUGGGCAGUUUUUUCAGGGAAAUGUAGCGUGCAGUAAAAUUUUACAAAAGGGUUGUUUGUCCGCAGAGAGAAGAUGAGUACUAUUCUGUAAACAAACAUAAUGACAAAUGAUAGUAUCGCUCACAUAACAGGUGGGUUGGAGUGCCAGGUAAAUUGAGGUUGCUUCUAUCGCUCGACAUAAAGCAAAAUUCGAACUUGCUAUCAUAACAUCGAAAAUAACUUGAUUCUAAAAGUAUCGUUUACAGUAUGCCGUAAGCUGGGAUACAGGU